GUAACAAAAAACUGUGAAUAAAACAACAAUUCGAAUAGUGAAUGCAACGCACAAAUAAACAAAAAGCACCUAAUCGUAUACGCUUAAGUAAACAAAGUACUUUAUACAUCAAGUAUACGACAUGAGGUUCAGUGGGAAAUCAACAACAACAAAUGCAAACGCAACAACGGCUGAAAAAAAUGGCACACUAAAUGAUCGUCCUUUGUUUAUGCAAAAUGGCAGCAGCAACAACAACAAUGGACGCUUUUCCGGCAUCAAUGAUGUGGAAGUGAGCAAUUUUCGACGCGCCUUGCCACAGUUUCUAGCUGUUAGUAUUAAGAACAUAUUGCUCUUCGGUUAUGGCAUGACCCUGGGCUUCCCCACCAUUGUUAUUCCGGCCAUACAGGGUGGCGAGGGACGAAGCGAGCAUAGUGAUAUAGUUUUAAAUAAGGAGGAGAUAUCAUGGUUUAGUUCCAUAAAUCUGAUUUGCGUGCCCCUGGGCUGUCUCUUCUCUGGCAUGUUGACCCAGCCAUUGGGCAAAAGACGAGCCAUGCAGUUUGUCAACCUUCCAAUAUUGGCUGCCUGGCUUUUGUUUCACUUCUCGACAAGCACCGAGCAUCUGUAUGCCGCUUUAUGCUUGGCUGGUCUUGGAGGCGGCCUAAUGGAGGCACCGGUGCUCACCUAUGUGGCGGAGAUUACGGAACCAAAGUAUCGCGGCAUUCUGUCGGCUUUGGGGACCACUUGUGUCAUCACUGGCGUUUUUGUGCAAUUCAUACUGGGCUCGCUGAUGGACUGGCGGAGUGUGGCGGCGGUUAGCUCGGCCUUUCCAGUGAUUACCAUCAUAAUGCUGUGCUUUGUGCCCGAGAGUCCGAUUUGGCUGAUACGCGAACAUCGUUUUCAUGAGGCCGUCAAGUCGCUGCAAUGGCUGCGGGGUUGGGUGCCCGAGCACAUGAUCGAAGAGGAGUUCAAUCGGCUGUACGAUGAAUUGAUUACUCAGAAGGCCAUUGAGGAGGCAGAGGAGAACGGUGGCGUUGCGCCGCCGGAGGGCGCAAGACGAACCCUCAAGAGCCGUCUGCGCAUGUGGAAGAAACGCACCUUCCUCGCACCCUUCCUGCUCGUCUCCUUCACCUUCUUCACCGGCCACUUCUCCGGCAAGACUCCUCUCCAAACGUAUGCCGUACAGAUAUUUCAUACUUUGAAGGCGCCCAUGAAUAAAUACCAUGCCACGAUCCUACUGGGUGUCGCCGAAAUGUUGUCCACCAUACUGGGUGUCGUACUCAUACAUUUUACCGGCAAGCGACCGCUGGUGCUGAUCUCGACGGUGGGCACGGGUCUGUGCUUCUUCGGCACAGCCACCUAUGCCCAUUUCCUUAACGAUGUGCCCGGCUUUACUGUCAACAAUGUGGUCGUGAAUGCCUCGGCAAUUGUGCCCAAGGAGAAUAUCAUCUCGCAGGCGAACAUCUCGCGAAUCUUUGAGAGUGAGAAGCAAGCGCUGAAGCAGGAAGUCACCACCAUACCGCCGGAUCUGGAAACUACUACCAUGUUAGAUUGGCCGGAAGGUACAACGGAAUUCCCCUCGUUGAAUCGCAGCAAGCGCGAGGAUGUAGAGAGUCUGGAUUAUGGAGAAAGAGGCACCACGUUCUCAUCGUCUACUCUAGAUCUAUUCGAUUCAGAUGAGACUGGCAUUACCAGCACAUUGCAGCCGCAAGAAGACGAACUGGAAGAGACAACACUUAUCCCCCAGAAGGCCCCAGCGCCCAUUCUCGCAAAGUCCACAGAAAUAACACCGUCCAAGAAGCCGGCCAUCGCAGAGGAUCUGCUUUUAACUGUGCCCCAACAGAAAACCAACUACCUUGUCUGGCUGCCCCUCAUCCUGCUGCUGCUCUCCGCAUUCUUCUCUCACUUGGGCAUUCGCAUGAUACCAUGGGUCUUGAUCGGAGAGGUAUUUCCUGCCGAGAUUCGAAACAGCGCCUCUGGAUUUGCUGGUGGAGUUGGAUACGUUUUUGGUUUUCUGGCCAACAAACUGUUUCUCGUCAUGCUUGCGGCCCUGACCUUGCCGGGCACAUUUCUUUUCUACUCAUGUGUAGCCUUCGUCGGCACAGUGGUCCUGUACUAUACCCUACCCGAGACCGAGGGUCGCACAUUAGGUGAAAUUGAAGCGCAUUUUUCAAAGAAAACCGAUUUUAAUUUAUUGGACAAGCCGAAGGGAACGAACGAUGCUGAAAAGAACAAUGCCAUCCAUUUGGGGAACCUGCAGAACCUUCAGAUGCCCAUCAGUCCGAACGCUGCAAAGAUUAUUCAUUUACAGCAGAGCGAUUUUGUGCCUCAGCGUCAGGGAGUCAACAAUUUGGCUUUCGAAGAGAACAAUACGACGCAUUUAUAAUCAGUUGCAGAAUUGAAGCCCUUGAUCAAUUCAUCAACCAGCCCGACCAUCUCCAUUUUUAUUACGUGAUAUACUUACAUAUGUAUGUGGAAAAUAAAAUUCAACUUACUAUAUUACAUUCAUAGCU